UAUAUUUGUAGAAGGGCCCGAAUCAAACGAGGGGACUAGUCGACGCCUCCGCUUACCGCUCGUCGUUGUCGUCGUCGUCGCAUUCGACUUCUCCGAAGCCGAUAAAAAUGGCGGAAGGCCCUUCGAAUCGAGUUUGUUUAGGAUUUGGGUUCGUGGAUUCCCGAGAACUUCGGCAGUCUCCCUUCUUCAUCGUUUUGCGCGUGGCUUCUCCAGAAAGCUGAGGGUUUUGAUAGAAAUUGGUCAGGAUUGAGUUGGAUUCUAGGGUUCUUGGGUGUUUGUUUUUCUUCGACUUGCCUAGGGUUUAGGGCUUUCUGCGCCUGAGAGGUGUUUGGGGAGCAGAGAUGUUGGAAGGUUCCAGAUUUCCUGGAAUCAUGGGGGGCGGCGGUGGGAUCGACAUCGGCAGUAGCUUCUACGACACGGCGUACUACCGGAAGCUCGGGGAAGGCUCCGAUAUGUCUGUCGACAGCAUGAACAGCUUGCAGACCAGCGUUAAUGGCGGGUCAGUGGCCAUGUCGAGAGAUGCCAGUAGUGUCGGCUCCAGUGACUCCCGCACCGGCAUGCUCAACCACCCUGGGUUCCGCCAGAUCGCCACUCCGAACUAUUCGGUCGACCGCAGCGUCCUGCGCCCUGGCAGGGUGAAUCCCGGGCUGAGUGAUGAUGCAUUGGUGCAGGCGUUGAUGGAUCCACGACACCCGACCGAGACUCUACAGGGUUAUGAGGAAUGGACUCUUGAUCUCAAUAAGCUUAACAUGGGCAUGCCAUUUGCCCAGGGUGCCUUCGGGAAGCUUUACAAGGGAACCUACAACGGAGAAGAUGUCGCAAUUAAGCUGCUUGAGAAGCCGGAGAACGACCCAGAGAGAGCACAGUUGAUGGAACAGCAGUUUGUGCAAGAAGUCAUGAUGUUGGCUAUUCUGAAGCACCCAAAUAUAGUGAGGCUAAUUGGAGCAUGUAGAAAGCCAGUUGUUUGGUGCAUCGUUACUGAGUAUGCGAAAGGUGGUUCUGUUAGGCAGUUCUUGAUGAAGAGGCAGAAUCGAUCAGUGCCUCUUAGGUUGGCAGUAAGACAGGCUCUUGACGUUGCAAGGGGUAUGGCAUAUGUGCACGGGCUUGGAUUUAUACACAGGGAUCUCAAGUCAGAUAACCUUCUCAUAUUCACAGACAAAUCUAUAAAGAUUGCUGAUUUUGGAGUGGCUCGUAUCGAGGUGAAAACUGAAGGGAUGACGCCGGAGACUGGAACGUACCGUUGGAUGGCUCCAGAAAUGAUCCAGCACAGACCAUACGAUCAUAAAGUCGAUGUUUAUAGCUUUGGCAUUGUAUUAUGGGAGCUCAUAACCGGUAUGCUCCCUUUCCAUAACAUGACGGCAGUACAAGCUGCUUUCGCCGUCGUGAACAAGGGUGUUCGUCCAGUCGUACCACACGAUUGCCUUCCCGCUCUCGGGGCAAUAAUGACACGCUGCUGGGAUGCAAACCCCGACGUGCGCCCUUCCUUCACCGAGGUAGUGGAGAUGCUGGAGGUCGUGGAGACAGAGAUAGUGAGCACUGUCCGGAAGGCGCGCUUCAGGUGUUGCACGUCGGAGCCGAUGACGAUGGACUGAGUUUUGAAACAGGAUGAUGAAAAGUGCCUAUGUACUUAUGUUGUCACUGGGGACUUCUGGUUGAAGCAAGAGAUGUUUUGGUAUUUUCAGAUAAAAAUCUGGUUUGUUAUUUGCACUUUUGUCAUGUUAAAAGUAUCACAUAAUCAUUCACAUAUCCUUUUACAAAUUCAAUUGAUUAGUUUUAAUGUGUUUA